CAUGACAUCAGGAGACUGCAUACACACGGUCAUACUCUAGCGCGUCGUCGUCGUCGUCGUCGUCCGAUUCCGUGUCCCUCAGGUGCAGGCUCGAGAGUUCCCUUGUUCGUCCAUCUGCGCUGUGAGGUUCUCGAUGGCGGAGCAGUCUCCCAGCUCCGCGCCGCAGGGUGGUUCUGGUGGGAAUGAAUCCUUCGAUAAUCUUGUAAUUCAAGCUCCACAGCUGAUGAGGGAGGAUUACAUACAGAAUGCUGUGAAGUUUCUUUCACAUCCGAGAGUGAAGGGUUCUCCAGUAUUUCACAGGCGUUCCUUCCUGGAAAAGAAAGGCCUUACAAGUGAAGAAAUUGAUGAGGCCUUUCGUAGGGUUCCUGACCCUAAGACAAAUGGAACUGAUGCUGCAGCUGCUAGUAUGCAACAAGCAAACAAUCCCAGUCAAUCUGUUGCGCUGCAGCCUUAUACAGAAGUUCAACCGCAAGCAGCUACUACCACUGCCACUGUUGGACCUAUUGCCCCAAAUACAAAUGUGCAGUUUAGCUGGGUCAACGCACUCCUUGGUGCAGGUCUUUUUCUUGGAUUAGGGGCUAGUGCUGCUAUAACCCUCAAGAAAUUUUUCAUCCCUAGUCUAAAAUCUUGGACCCGUAGAGUUGUUGCUGAAGGAGAUGAAAAUGCAAACGAUGAACUUGCUUCCAAACUUUGUGAAGAAAUUAGGGAAGCCAUAAAAGUUUCUACGUCAGCCUUUUCUGAUAUUGCUAGAACAAACCAAGAAGUGCUUGCUUCAAAAGAUGAAGAUAGGAAGGUGCUUAUGAAGUUAACAGAAACAUUUGAGUCACAAGCAAAUGUGUUUAAAUCAUUGAAUGAGACCUUAAAUCAUAUCAGGGAGAAUCAGUUUUCACGGCGCAACCAAUUGGAAGAGCAUGUUCAGCCUGCACCAUGGAAUGGGCCAAUUGACUAUCAAGGGAGAGCUUUUCAGCAAACUAAUAUGUAUGCAACGCCACCAAACAACAGUUUUGACCCAGGGAGGAAUUCAUUCAUGCCAUUAGCUGCUGAACCUUCUUAUGGACCAUUUCCAGGAUCCUACUCUGAGCAGCGCGUGCAGAGGCCUGGUGGGUAUGGAUUCCAGCCACAGACAAGCAACGACCGAUUGAGCGUUGGCACACGGGGCAGCUACCAAGGGGGUUCUUCCAAUCACCAUGCUGGCAAUGCCAUGGAUGACCCGGCAGCGGUUGCGGCAGAAUUCCAGCGCCGCUGGGUUCCCCCGCAGCCACCGGGCGUCAUUAUGCCAGAGGCUGCGGCGGCCAUCCGGCAGGCCAGGUUGGUUCCGAGGCAGCAGCCUGGUGAUGGGCACCUGAGUACUGAUGUUCCGAGACCAUUGGAGUCUGCCAUGGCAACAACAGAGCACGUGAACGGUGCCCCUGAAGCACCUGGUGGAGAGUUGCCAAGCCACGAUGGUGGUACCAUGACUGCUAAUGCCAGCAGCUGUGGUGGGAGUGAAGAGCAGCAGCAGGAAGCCGCUUGAGUGAAGCUUUUUGGACGCCCUUCGAUCUGAUUCUUUGAUAGGAUCUUGCACCUGUGUGUAUAGUGUAUGCAUCUGCAUAUGUUUGUUGACGUAUAUCUCGUGUACGAAACUGCAGCUGUAUGUAGAUAUAUAAAGUGAUAUUUUGGAACAGAUAAUCACUCUGCUUUUCAGAAAAGGUAAUAUGGGUUUACAGAGUUCA